GUAAACGGUUUGAUAUGUAGCUCACGAUCACAUGUUGUCUUUUGGCUCGAAAUGGCAACAAGUGCAACAGACUUUGCCACUUUGGCCGGUGUGAAAUAAAUUGAGUAAUUAGGCGGUGUCAGAGUCGGGACUUCGUGGCGAGUUGCAAGGAACUGGUUAUCCCAAGAUCUGCCAGCUUGCCUUUUUGUCUCGCAAAUUAUUUGCCCAGUUUGAGUUUGUUUUUAUUGCAUUUCGAUUAGUUUCGAAUGGGUUUUCGACAUGUAUGUCGCAGCUAAUUAAAAAUACACAACGCGGAAUUUUCGUACGCUCUUUUUUGGGCGUUUUGGCCCGGCCGAAACGCGCACUAAUUCAGUUAACAAGUUAAUUUCCAGCCCGUCUGCCUUGGCAACCUUAAAUGCUAAAAAACCAUGGCAACGCAAACUCGACACAACAAAGUUGCCGGCGGCCAAAACAAAUCGAAACGCAAUAUCUGCAAGUUGCCUUUGAAGUUGAGCUUUUGGUCACAGUCCUGGAAAAACACUAAAGUAAUCCAUGUACGAGCCGGGAACGGAGCAGAUCAACUGCAACGGCAGACUGAUUGAAUUGCCCACCUUGGAGGUUGUGCGUCCAGCUCCCAAAAUGCCCAGCGAUGCCAACAUUGAUUGGUUGCUCCACAUUUAUUUCACUCGCCGCGAAUUCACGCGCUGCCGCCUACUCAUCGAACGUGAGCUAAAUCGUCAUUUGAAUCCCGAGUACCUGUACAUUGUCCAGGGUCUAAUUGACCGUGAAGAGGGCAACCACAUCGAGGCUCUCAGACAUUUGCAAAAAUCAGCGGAGCUCAAUCCCAGGAAUAUCGAGACUUACAAGGAAAUCGGCCGAACACUAUACAUAAUGGGCCGUUUUAGUCAGGCUUUGGGCGUUUUUCGGGAGGCGGAACAAAGGAGCAGCCGGCAGGACCACGAGAUAUACCAUUAUCUGGGCGAGCUGCUCUAUAGAGCGGCCACGACGCAGAGUCAAAAGGAUGUGGCCAGCCAGCAGCAGGACGAGGCCAGGUCCUACUUUGAGUUGGCCGUGCAAUCCGGCCGGAAGCUCGAGAGCUAUGUUCGUUUGGCGGAGUUGUAUCGCAAGGACAAACAGUACCAAAAGGCCAUUGAAAUUCUAGAGAACUGCCUACACUUGACUCCUGAGAACUCGGAGGUCCUGAUUGAAAUCAGUGUGCUGUACCUGAAAAUCAACGAAACGCAAAAGGCACACGAUCGUUUGGCGGAAGUAGUCAGCAUCGAACGGAAAUGCUCGCCCAAGGGACUUCUGGCCUUUGGCGCCAUUUUGCAGUCCCGCAACGAUGUUGAUGGUGCCCUCAGCAAAUACAGCCAAAUCGCAAACGCUGAGCCGGAAAUUGCCGAGCUGUGGAAUAACAUCGGAUUGUGCUUUUUCAAGAAGCAGAAGUUCAUUGUGGCCAUUUCAUCGCUGCGCAAAUCCGUUUGGCUAUCACCACUUAACUACAAUGCCCUUUACAAUCUCAGUUUAAUCUACAUCGCCUCCGAACAAUACGCCAGUGCCUUUCACACGCUGGCCGCAGCCAUAAACCUGCGCAAGGAUAAUGCCGAGUGCUACAUGCUCCUGGGCCUUUGUUUGCGAAAGCUGGACGAUAUGGAGAACGCAUUUGUGGCACUCGAAAGAGCCAGUUCCAUGGCAACUGGCCAACAGGGAACCGGGCGUAAUCCCCUGGUUGUGCUGAACUUUGCCCUGUUUUGCUACGAAACCGGCCGACUGGCCCUGUCCACGGUGCAGUACAACCGGUUCAUGAGUCAGGCGCAGGAUCUUCUGCUGCCCACGGAAUACAAAUUCCAAGCCACCAAGCUGAAAUCCCUGCUGCGCAUCUCGAAUCAGGGCAAUGGCAUCCUGCUGGAUUCCGCGGAUAUGGGCGACUCUGAUUUGGGACACAAUCGGGCCACGGAACUCCUGCCUGAUGAAUUGCCUCUGGAGGUGAAUGCUGUCGUCAGUCAGAAUUAGAUGUUCAUUUUUUGGUAAUUGAAAGCAAUAAACGUUUCAUUUGUAUGCAACUCACAUCAAA